AUGGCAGCAGCAGAAGAAGCUGCAGGCUCAGUGCCCACCAAGCGCCCCUUGUCAGACGUCGUCGCCGACGAGAACGGUGGCGACUCGUCCGACGACGAUGAUUUUGGCCCUGCGCUGCCCGCUGCAGCUGCGCCCAAGAAGAAACGCCGCAAGCUCGCCUUUGAGAAAGUCUACGUCAACGCGCUGCCUGCGUCGCCGCGCUACUCCAAGUCGCUCAUGCACCGGGAACAGCUGGCGUUUGUGGACUUUACCGUGUCGACUGAGUUUCUGAUUACGAGCUCGGUCGAGGGCGUUGUCAAGUUCUGGAAGAAGAUGGCCGUGGGCGUGGAGUUUGUCAAGGAGUUUCGCGCACAUGUUGGUGAGAUUACGAGUACGAGCGUGAGUGCUGAUGGGAGGAGCUUUGCGACGACGGGGACGGACAAGACGGUUAAGAUUUUUGAUGUGAUCACAUUUGAUCUUCUGGCUAUGAUCAACCUGGACUUUUCGCCGCGAUGCGUCUGCUGGGUGCACCGACGAGGCGCAUCUCUGCCGCUGCUCGGCGUCAGCGACGAGGCCAGUCCGGCCAUAUCUAUAUUCGACGGGCGCGGAGAGAAUACCACACCGCUGCAUACGCUGUCCUCAAUACACAGGAAACCCGUGGUCGCCAUGGCCUUUAACAACGCGUUCGACUGCGUGGUCUCGGCCGAUGAAGCCGGCAUGAUCGAGUACUGGCGACCUUCGUCAGACAGCGACUUUUCCAAACCGGACAAUGUGUUUGAGCUCAAGUCAGCUACGAAUCUAUUUGAAUUCCGAAAGAACAAGUCUGUCCCCGCGUCCAUCACAAUAUCCCCCUCGGGCCAUCAGUUUGCGACAUUUUCGUUUCCGGACCGCCAAGUGCGCAUUUUUGAUUUCCAGUCGGGCAAGCUGUACCGAACGUACGACGAGUCGAUAACGACAAUCACCGACAUGCAGGAAGCCGGAACUGCGCUGGAACGUCUCGAAGAAGUCGAGUUUGGACGGCGCAUGGCCGUCGAACGAGAACUCGAAAACGCCGUGACGCGGUCCAAGGUGCGAAUCAGCUUUGACGAGUCCGGCCAUUUUAUUUUGUAUGGUUCACUCCACGGUAUCAAGUGCAUCAACACCUUCACGAACCGUGUGGUGCGGGUCUAUGGUAAAGACGAGCCCUUUCGAGCCCUCAAUCUCGCUUUAUACCAGGGCCAGCCGCAGAAAAAGGGAGUUGUCACGGUCAGCAUGGCCGCCAGCGCCAACCCUCUGCUGCAAGAAGCCGAAGAACGUGACCCCAUCCUCGUGGCUACGGGGUUUGGCAAAGUGCGUUUUUACAUGUUCACCAACGAGACCGAAAUCAGCAAAUCAACGCGCGACAUCCAAAACGAAAAGCCGCGCGAGAACGACCUCGCAGACCAAGAAUCCAAACAGCGACAAACCCAGUCGGGGACAUCUGCUAUCCUGCACACCACCAUGGGCGACAUCCACCUGCGUUUAUUCCCACAAGUCGCACCCCUCGCCGUCGAAAGCUUUGUCACGCACGCGCGCCAGGGAUACUACAACAACACCAUAUUCCAUCGCAUAAUCCGCAAAUUCAUGAUCCAGGGCGGCGACCCUCUGGGCGAUGGUACCGGCGGAGAAAGCAUCUGGGGCGGCGAAUUCGCCGACGAAUUCUCGCCAAACAUCAAACACGACAAACCAUACACACUGAGCAUGGCUAACGCGGGACCAAAUACGAACGGGUCGCAGUUUUUUAUUACGACGGAGAAGACGCCGUGGUUAGAUGGGAAACAUACGAUUUUUGGGAGGGCGGUGCAGGGAUUGGAUGUGGUGCAUCGGAUUGAGAAUGUCAAGGUGAAGAAGGAGAGGCCGGAGGAGGAUGUGAAGAUUGUGAGUAUUAGUGUGUCGUGA